AUGAGAGCACCAACUUUAACAUACGAUGUACUCAUCACCGGCUCAGCUGGCCAUCUCGGUCAUGCCCUGAUGCUCUUCCUCCCAAGCUUAGGUUACCGGCCUUUGGGCAUCGACAUCCUCCCUUCUUCAACGACAAGCUUUGUCGGUUCUUUCGCUGAUCGUACCUUCAUCUCUCACAUUCUCUCAACCAACCGCGGCAUCAGAUAUGUCAUACACGCUGGUGGCCUACACAAACCUCAUAUCAUCUCCCACACCAACGAGGAAUUCAUCACCACAAACAUCACCGGCACGAAUAUCCUCGUUGACGAGGUCAGCAAGUGCAGAGAACGCAUAUCCUUCGUAUAUGUUAGCACAACAUCUGCAUUUGGCUCAGUACUAAGCCCCUCCAAAGGCCAACCGGCCGUGUGGGUUGACGAAUCUCUGAUCUCCGUCCCCAAGAAUAUCUACGGCCUCAGCAAGACAGCCGCCGAAGAUGUAUGCCAGUUCUUCCACACAAAGACAGGCAUGCCUAUCAUUGUCCUACGCGUCAGUCGCUUUUUCCAACAGCCCGACGACGAGACAGGCCUACGCAAGUACAUGUCCAACGACAAUAUCAAAGUCCUCGAGCUGUGCUACCGCCGCGUCGACAUCCACGACGUCGUGCAGUCAUGCAUUUGCGCAAUGGAGAAGGCCUCGCAGAUCGGGUUUGCAAAGUAUGUCAUCAGCGCGCCGAGUCCGUUCGCGGGCGACGCGAAGACGCUGCAGAGACUGAACAGUGACGCAAGAGGCGUGCUAGAGGACGUGCUGCCGGGCACGGAGCUGGCUUUUAGGGCCUUGGGGUGGGAGUUUUUGGAUGCGUUUGAUCGGAUCUAUGAUUCGUCGAGGGCGCAGGUGGAGCUUGGGUGGAAGCCUGUGUACACGUUUCAGGCGGCGUUGGAGAAGGUUAUGAAGGGGGAAGAUUGGAGGAGUGAGUUGGCGGUGAGGGUGGGACGGAGGGGGUAUCAUGCUGUCACUACCGCUUUGUAUACGUACCGGGAACUGCCGCUGUAG